AUCAAGUAGAGAUGAGACCAGUAAUGACAUCAGGUAGGAGUUCUUUAAGACCACACAACUAAAUGGCCAGUAGGGUUUGAAGAACGUAUUCACUGUGUCCUUUUUUGGGGAAAAAUAGUGCAGACAGACAUGGAAAAUAUAACAAUUAGCCUAACAGCGGGGAUGUAGUAAACACAUCAGAACGCCAAAAUUGUUGCUGCAUACCCCUCUGACACUGGGUAGUUGCGCCCCUGGGUGCACCUCUCACACCUAUCUUCCUUUUGAGCAUGAUGUCAUCAUCAUGUCAGGAGGGCUUUAAGCAUGUAAACACCAAGAUAGCAGCAGGACCUGAUGGUAUCAGUGGGUGGUUCCUCAAACUGUGUGCUGAUCAACUAGCGCUGGUGUUCACAAUGAUAUUCAGCCUGUCACUGGCUCAGUCUGUCAUACCCACGUGUUUCUAAAAGUCCACCAUCAUUCCUAUGUUCAAGAAAACACAGGCCUGAAUGACUACCGCCCAGUGGCGCUCACCUCUGUAGUGAUGAAAUUCUUUGAACGACUGGUCAAGGAUUACAUCUGCUUCUCACUACCCAGCACAGUGGACCCACUACUGCUUGCCUAAAGUUCCAACCAACCUGCAACAUCAAAGCACAGUCCCCCAUUUCUUUUCUUUCUCCGUGAAAUGAAGCUGCCUUCAAGUGCGGUCGGGAAUGUCUAUCUAUAAAUGAUCUGACAGAAAACUUAUGAAAUAUAGUUUACUUAUAACACAACAAGACGUCACACAAAUGGGCCAUAUAAGUGACACUCCCACCGCCACACAUCCCUGCGUCGUAUCGCCGAAUUGCUCUCUUUGGUCUGAAUGUGCCCUAAACUGGUUUACUAAUAGCUUAAAUCACAAUUUUUUGUCAGAAAAUUGAGUUUUCAAUGUGAAUAUGUUUAGACAACAAAACUACUUAGUUAAAAUCAGCACAUUUGUUAAGUUACUUAUAUGACAAGAUGUAUUUCCUGAGUGAAAGUAAUGUGUUCAUUUGACCCAUCCAUACCCAACCUUCCUCCAUAUCCAGAGUUUUGGCAGAGUUUCUUAUACUUUGUCACUGUACUUUCUGCUUUGCUUCCCCUCAUAAUUACUAUGGCAAUAUGGGUCGUAAUUGCCGCUUGAACAAACAACUUAUGUGGGCAAUUUUCGGUGACAGUCUCCUUUUUUUGGGAAGCCACUGUGGUAUUUAACACUAGAACCGUCAGCAUUCCAUUUCUACCUAUAAGUGGGUAAUUUUUACCAGCUGGCACUUGCAAAUGCAAAUGUCAUUUCUUGAAGCAGUUAAGUUGUUCAUUUUCAUCUAUUUUUAAAAAUAAUGACAAAGCAACUAUUUAAAAGUCAGUUUACCGGGCUUUAGGCUCCUUCAUUACAGAUCGAAUACACACAAGAUGUUUUGUGGCUGCACUCUCCCUGUCAUGCCCAGCUCCCAUUAGGUCAUGUUUUCAGUUUUCUUUCACAUUCAUCUUACUUUGCUCACUUCCUGUUUUGUUUUGAUACUCACCUUGUGUUUGUAUUGCACUUCGGUGGCUCCCCGACAACCGGCUGUUUGUCAAAGCUGAGAAGUGUGAGUUUCACGUCCUGACUGUUUCAUUCCUUGCCUACGUGGUGACGGAGGGGGAGGUGAAGAUGGACCCUGAGAAGGUGCGAGUGGUGAAGGAUUGGCCAACUCCCACAAGCUGGUAGCAAGUUCAACGUUUAUUGGGGUGUAUAGAAAUUCAUAAGAAGCUGCAGUACUGUUGCUGCCCCUUUGCAUGUUCUUACCUCUCCUAAGCUCAGGUUCCAGUGGUGUGAUAUGGAUCUGAGGAGAGAUCAUGGGUUUCGGCCAGCAAUAUCCUGGACCCUAACCUCAUUCGGGAGUUUCAUGAGCAGCACCCAAAUGAGCCUUGGCCGUCAGGAGUCGGCCCUAGAGGAGGGGCCAAUUGACCCCAGAAGAUUUGGCCGAUGUUCCAGCUAAUGCCACCUCCAACAUCUUGAACCGUCUGAUGGCCAGCUAUGAUGCAAGAAUAAGGCCUAACUUUCAAGGCAUCCCAGUUGAGUCCAGGGUGAACAUUUUCAUUAACAGCUUUGGGUCCAUCCAGGAGACUACUAUGGACUACAGAGUGAACAUAUUUCUUCGUCAGAGAUGGAAUGACCCUCGCCUACGACUUCCCACUGACUUUAAAAAUGACGCACUAACUAUUGACCCCAACAUGUUCCAGUGUUUGUGGAAACCAGACCUUUUCUUUGCCAAUGAGAAAAAUGCAAACUUUCACGAUGUCACCCAGGACAACAUUCUCCUCUUCAUCUUUAGGAAUGGCGAUGUAUUAAUCAGUAUGAGGCUGUCUGUGACGCUGUCCUGUCCCUUGGAUCUUAAACUCUUCCCAAUGGACACACAGCUGUGUAAGAUGCAGAUGGAGAGCUUUGGCUAUACCACCAGUGAUCUUGUGUUCAUGUGGCAGUCUGACCCAGUUCAGAUGGAUGAGAUUGCUCUCCCUCAGUUCGACAUCAAACAAGAGGACAUCAAAUAUGGGAACUGCACAAAGUACUACAAAGGAACAGGAUACUACACCUGCAUUGAGGUGAUUUUCAAAUUGCGUCGGCAGGUUGGCUUCUACUUGAUGGGAGUUUAUGCUCCAACUCUGCUGAUUGUUGUUUUGUCCUGGUUAUCAUUCUGGAUAAACCCUGAUGCCUCAGCUGCACGGGUGCCAUUGGGUAUUUUAUCAGUCCUCUCUCUGUCUAGUGAGAGUAUGCUCCUGGCAACAGAGCUACCAAAGGUUUCCUACGUAAAAGCCAUUGAUAUCUGGCUCAUUACCUGCCUCCUUUAUGGGUUCUCAUCACUGGUGGAAUACGCUGUGGUGCAGGUGAUGCUGAACAGUCCCAAACUGAUUGAGGAGGAGAAAGCCAAAAUGGCCACGAAGGAGAAAGCUUUGCAAGAGAAAGAAGGAAAGAAUAAAACUUCAAAUAAAACUAACAACACAGUGAAUGGGACUGGUGGAACACCCAUACAUGUCAACACUCUGCAGGUGGUAGAAACUCGCUGUAAGAAAGUUUGCACCUCCAAGUCGGACCUUCGCUCCCAUGACUUCAGCAUUGUGGGAUCUUUACCUCGAGACUUUGAACUUUCCAACUUUGACUGUUACGGUAAACCAGUUGAAGUGUCAGGGGCCCUCAAGUCCCAGACCAAAGCCAAAAAGAAACCAGCGCCACCCAAACCUGUCAUACCUGCUGCUGCCAAACGCAUCGACCUCUAUGCAAGAGCCCUGUUCCCCUUCACCUUCCUCUUCUUCAAUGUGGUCUACUGGUCUGUCUAUCUGUGAGGGGUGGAAGAGGAGGUGCAGGUGGAAAUAAAGUGGUUUGCAUCCUAUAGUUUGUCACCAUACUGAUAUUGAAACUACAUUGAACUUACAAAUGACAUAGAAAAUUCAUAUACUGAACUAUAUACUGUUAAAAUCCAGAUUUGCAACAUUUCCGAGCCAUGUUUGCAGAGCUGCAGAGACUGCUGUGGUCCCUGGGAGUAACUGUAGGCUGUUGGCUUGAGUCCCCUUUAAACCCAGGCAUUAAGUAGACACUGCAUGUGUGUCUCUGUCUGAUACAGGACAUUGUGCUUGAUGUGAACUAAACCCUGCUGUGGUGAUACGUGUACAUUAGAAAUAUAUGCUUUUUAUUGGGGGUAAGAGUACUGGUCACACUGAGUAUGUUAAAGGGUAACUUUGUUGUUUCUUUUCAACCUGGACCCUAUGUUCCUAUGUUUUUGUGUUUAAGUGACUGAUGGGAACGAUAUAUAUAUUUUUUAAAGAUUAUUUUUUGGGGCUUUUCCACUUAAUUACAUAGUGACAUGAAAGGGGGAGAGAAAUGGGGGAUGACACGCAGCAAAGCACAGCGGGUUAGAUUCGAACCUGCGCUGCUGCAGGACUCAACCAACAUGGGGCAAACGUUCUUACUGGGUGAGCUAGAGGCCACCCCAGAACAGUAAUAUUUGAAAUUGGUCCAGAAUUAAACAAGAUCGCUGCAGUCGGCAGUCAGCGAAACAAGCUAUAAUGUAAGUUAUUGGACUAUUGUGCACAGUCAGUUAGCAUCCACUAAAAGUUCUGUUUUUGCCACUGACAGGCUCAGAUUAUUAUUCUACGUGUCUGACAACAUCAUGGAAAGGAUCCCUACAGAGA